AUGCCCAGCAACGGAGCUCACGAUAUAGUCUUUCGGACUUCCAUCGCAGCCUGCAAUGCAAGCAGCCACCUCCGGGUUUACAUGCAAGAUGUCAUGGGAAAGAUCCGCGAGUCGAGGUACGAGGACAAAUGGAGCAAUGGAACAGAGAAAAAUGUCAUUGCUUCAGCCAAGCUGUACUCUCCUGUAGCCUGCACCUCGAGUGACCUUGAGAACAUCCGAGUCUACUACCUCUCCACCGACAACACUAUGAAGGAUAUGGCCUAUGACAAAUCCAAAGGUUGGUACGAGGGUACCCUUGGUAAGAAGCGCUUUAUGACGGCGCCGUAUUCCAAGCUGGCCGCUUGCCAACUCAAGGGACCCGACAUGACACUCAGAGUCUAUUGUCAGAUGGCAGACAACACGAUUCAGGAGUAUGGAGUUAAAGAUAAUGGAAACUGGGAGAAAAUGUCAACUCUGGGUUCCGCAAUGCCCGGCACGGACAUAGCAUGCACUGUGUUCAAGACAUCUGAACCGAAGAUCCGUGUCUACUACCAGCACAUGGAACAUGGCAUAAUAGAGAAGUGCUACGACAGCAAACGCGGCUGGUACGACGGAGCCGCCAAGUUCCCAAGGGUCCAACCCCGGACCUCCAUAGCCUGUACUAGUUACAUGACUAGCUCGGAAGUCGUCGGGAUGCGCGUCUUCUACAAUACAUCGAAUAUGAUGCGCGAGAUGAUAUACGAUGGCAAGUCUUGGACCGAAGGUCAAUUCCACGCGGACUGUAUCCCCGGAACGCAGAUUGCUUGCGUUAGCUGGAUGAAUGGUGCGCGUCCAGAUGUACGCGUUUACUUCCAGGCUGGUCAUGAAAUCUCGGCCAUUACGGAGUAUGUGUGGACUCAGGGGCGUUGGUCUUCUGGGAAGCUUGCGCUUCCUCCUGCGUGA